AUGUGCUAUUUCAUCCCGCGCCACUUGACGUAUUACGUUUCUUAUCAUUAUAGACUAUUUCAACAUACCCAUUUGUCGUGGUUACUAAUUCAUGGGCCGAAAAGGGAUAUCGACCAGAUAUCUAGUGACCUCAAAGAGGAAAAUUUUGCUAAACGAGUUAGUGAAGCUACAGAACUAGACGAAGAUAAGCCUGGUCUUGGUCAAUUCUUUUGUAUCUUUUGUGACAAGUAUUUUAUUGAUCAGAUCACUCUUGAUCUUCACAAAAAGCAGAAACCUCAUAAACGAAGGUUAAAGUCUCUGGAUGAACCUCCACAUACACAAGAAGAUGCAGACUUUGCUGCUGGAAUUCUAAAGGAUGAUUAUAAAAUAUCUUCUAAAAAGCUAUGUAUAUCACCUGAUCUGUGUCAACAGAGCGUUCAAUUAAUACCAUCCGUUUCAUAUACUUAUGUGGAAUAA